AUGGGCGGUUUCUACAUGCAGUAUCUCGAAACCCCGUCGACUUUCGAUUUGCUGGCCCCUGUCCCUCCAAUGUGUCCCGUAGGGCUGAGGACGAUCAUGUUGGGCUGUCAUGCAGAUUGCUUCACGUCACCCGAGUUUCCGCACCCCUCCUCGUUUGCCUUCCCGCAAGGGGGCCUCUGCCGGCGGCGUGGGUGGCAUGACCCCACGUAUGAAUGCUACCGCGAUGCCAAUGGCUACACGUGCCUCGUCCUGGUGAAUGGGCGGGAGUACCAAACUGAUCUGGAGUACGAGUCCAACACCCUGGCGCAGGAGAAUGCGGCCAUGCGUGCCUUUAUGGUUUGCCGGAACUUCUCGGUCAAUGGCGGCAUGCUUGCCCGCAACGGGAUCGUCCAGGGCCUGCCGGCGGACGAGGCUGGCCGCAAGCCCAAGAAGAGCAGCCGCCACACAAGCACCUCCAAUCACGGACACAGGAGCAGAUCCAGCCACCACUCAAGCAGCAGCUCGACUACCUCGCUAGAGUGA